GCACUCACGAUAUGACACUCCGUCCUUCCUCUGUUCCACAUCGCAUUGUCCUGCCAUCACCUCCUGAUUCUUCUCUUCCUGCUGUUGCUGACCCUCCGUCUGACCUUGCUCAUGUGUCCAGUCCGACUGUUACUUGCUUUCUUGCUACGGUUGUGACGGACCCUAUGCUCUCGUCUCCUGCUGCGUCUGCCUUAGCCGCUGAGCUAGUUGACUUUGCUGCUGCGUACCGCCUAGACUACCUUGCGAGUCUCGUUUCUGACCCUGACCCUGCCUGUCCUUCGUCCAUCGAGGGUGAGGUUGCCCAUGGCUGUGACGUUCUUGAGGACAGACACUUUGAGCUUGAGUGUCUUGCGACCGCUGCACCUCAUCUCGCGACCAUGUUGCUUGCCCCUGAGGGAGACCUGGAUGCACUUGACAUCCCCACCCCGCGCUCUUACAGAGAGGCGAUCUCGGCUCAGCGUGACUACGAGCUGCACUACCUCGACUUCUCCACAGCUUUCUUGCAGAGUAGCCUUCAUGAGGCCAUCUGGCUGUGCCGUCCACCUGGCUUCACUGGGUCGUUUCCUGAGGGCACCCAGAGGAGCCUUCGGCAACCAGUUUACGGCCUGCGUCAGGCGCCUCACGAGUGGCAUGACACACUAAGGACGACACUUGCGGCUCUUGGGUUUGCUCCUUCGACUGCUGACCCGUCGCUGUUUCUGCGCACCGACACUACCCAGCUGCCGUUCUACGUUCUCGUGUACGUCGACGACUUGGUUUUUGCUACUGCUGACACGGAGGCGCUAACCCUAGUGAAGGCGAAGCUGCAGGAGAGACACACCUGCAUUGACCUGGGUGAGCUGCGGAGCUAUCUUGGCCUGCAGAUCACCGGGGACAGAGCACGGCGCACCAUCACCCUGACUCAGUCACACAUGGUGCACUAG